AUGACACCCACCGCUCUUCCCUCCAUAGGGUCAGAUAUCAAGGGGCUCCAGGAUGAAAGCGAAACCCAGUUCCAUGUUCGCGCUUGCAUUUGGCAGUGUAUGGUAGCAUUAAGCUUACUAGCCAAGAGAAAUGUUGUGUCAAUCUCGGCAACAGGUUCAGGAAAAACAAUGACCUUUUGGUUGCCUAUGUUGCGUGAAAAGGGGAUUACUUUCAUAGUGACUCCACUAAAGAGUCUUGGAAGCCAGCUGUCCAAUGAGUCCAUCAAGAAAGGGUUUCCAUCUGUGUCAAUCACCGCAGAACUGCUUGGUGAAAAGCCUGGACUGGAUAUUCGGCUGGGGAAGUUCCGUACAGUUGUCAUAUCACCCGAACUGAUAGUGGAUCCACGUUUCAUGGCUCUUUGGCUUGACCCCCAAUUUCAGAAGAAGGUUGACCGUAUCUGCUUUGACGAAGCACAUUGUAUCAGUCAGUGGGGCCGAGACUUCAGAUCUGCUUACAUACAGAUAGGACGACUAUUCUCCAUACUCGGAGAUAGCGUCUCAUUCUUCUUCACCUCUGCCACCCUCCGCCAGCAUGUUCUAACAGACAUGCUGAAGAUUUCCGGUUUGCACUGCGGCACUGAAAUCAUCCGAAGAUCGAAUGAUAGACCGAAUGUUCACCUUUCCGUCCGCCCAAUGAAGUUUACACUCCAAAGCUGUUUUGAUCUGGCUUUCCUGCUUCCACUGGAUGCAAAGGUAGAUGAUCAGGCAUGGAUAGAUGCAAAUAUCUCACCGUUCUUGGUAUACUGCAAUUCUCGCAUUGAUACAAUACGAACCGCCAGAUUCUUGCGAUCUCGCUUGCCACAGAGUCACCGAGAUCGGGUUGUGUGGUAUCAUUCUGGAAUGUCAGACACGUUCAAAGUGGACGUUGAAGCGAAGUAUAAAUUGGGAAAAAUAUGGGGGAUUUGCUGUACAGAUGCCUGCGGUAUGGGUCUUGACUUACGCCAAGUGAAAGUCGUGGUUCAGUGGCGAGUUCCCAAGAGCCCCGAUACACUCGUUCAGCGCUUCGGUCGGGCAGGUCGUGAUGGCUCCAUCCAAGCGAUUGCCAUCUUGAUUGCAGAGAAGGCUUAUUUCUCAAAGCCAAGAGUUGAUAAGAGAAAGGCCGAUCUUGAAGCCUCACUGCGUCCCAAUCUGAAACGCAAAAAUGGCCCGGUGAGUAGUGUUGCACGGAAGCGCGCCGCACUGGGAGAUCAGGGGAACUUCCCCUACUCUCAGCCCCAUGGCCCCCCUUCCGACGCACUUGUAGACCUUCCUCUCCCAGAACUGGAGCGUGCUCAAGUCCGAUCAGUCAACGCACAGAGGACAGAUGAGGAAUUUCAGGAUGACGAUGACGAUGAUGGCGCUGAGAGCAACGAAGAGGAGAACCUAAUGGAUUAUCCUUUUGAUGGCCCAACCAAUCCCGAAGGGGCACAGAUACCUCGGGGUGACAAAACAAAUCUUCCUCACGUGGGGCUUUCAGGGCCUGAACCCUUUUGCUGUCCGCAUUGCACUCCGCCUCCCUGCCUCUCCUGUUGUGACCUCUGCGAUCCCAAGCGAACUGAAGGGAUGAAUGCGCUCGACUCCCCACCAAAGAGAUCAAGGAGACCAAACCGAGUGAAGGUCGUGACCGAUUACACCCGCGGCGAGACUGACAAGCGGCUCAAGGCAGGGCUUGUUGGAUGGAGGCAACAAGUCCACGCUGAGUUCUGGGGUGGCAAAAGGGACCACUUCCUUGGCCCUGCUGCUCUGAUCUCAGAUGAAAUAGUCGAGUUGUUGUGUCAUCUCUCCCACGCUCAUGCACUGCGCACUGUCGAUGAUAUUUCGAAUAACAUCCGGGGUGCACAACGACCAUUCAUAAUGAAGCAUGCCGAAAAAAUCCUCAACUUGGUGCACUCCAUCGCUCCCCCCCCCGAAAUCCCUUCAUCCAAACUCAAGACAGAGUCGCUGCCGCCCAAUAACCCUGUGCAACAUGUUACCGUCGCUGCACCUCAACGGGCCCCUUACAAAUGCAAGCUGUGCAAGGUAGAAGGUCAUACACGUACGUUGCUUUCCUCCCACUUGGACAAUUCUAACACCAAUCUAUCCUUGACAGAACGCAAUAAAUUUUGUCCCGCAAAGCAGAAUGCUAUAACCUCAAGUGCCAUUGCGUCAUCUACCAUGAAUGAUCCUCUCAUUAGCUAG